AUGGUCGUGAUGAAGGGCAGACUCUUUCUUUUGGGUUGGUGGGGUGGUUACGAGACGUGCCUAAUUUUCGCGGCUUUCUAGCCGAGGUUUCCCGCGGGAACUGGGCGAGGACCUUUGGUGGAAGACUAAAUAACGGAAGACUAAAUAACAGCCGGGUAAAAUUGACUGUUGUGUUAUGGUGAGCGUGGGGAGCGUUACCUUUAUUUUGGCCUAACCAUGUUCCGACAGUCUGACAGGACUUGUUUCUUCUUUUUCGCAACAGGCUACUCCGUGCCUAGUGCAACAUACCUUCCUUACCUACAUGACGACGAGAAAACUCCGCCUUUCGUCCUUUCCCCAACCCUAAAAUGGCCUGGAGCCUGUGAGUAUGAGGCAUUUCCGUUCCACGGCAGGCACCACCAAGUCAACCCCACCGUCCCUAGUUGGUCCUUUCCGAAUUCUCAACUUUGGGUUCCGAAUUCUCAAUUUUUGUCUCUCCACUGCUCUAGAGCAAUGCGUCUCAUCAACAUGUACACCCUGAAAUUAGCAGGUCCAUUCCUGACAGCGGAACUCCCCCCACACGCCAUUUUGUCCCUCACAUGGAGUCCGGACGGAUUGUGUCACCAGGACGUGGCCGACAUAUCGCGACAGAGGCAUAGAAGGGGACAUGCCAAGAUUAAGCGCUCUGUGGGCGGCUCUGAGAGAUGGUUACAUUUACGGCUGGGUCGACACGGUGUGCAUCUAAGAACGUUCGCCCACCAAGACGGGGGCUCCUAAACUUGGCUGUUUCUGGCCGUCGGCGCGCUGCUUCUGGCCGGGCCCACCGUCUCCUUUGUGAUAGCCGGCCUCGCUCUGAAUACGUUGGGGUCCGGUCUCCCGUCGCUGUGCCGGUCUCCCGUCGCUGUGCCGGUCUCUCGCCAAGACGUUUGUCGACGCGCAGCACACCACCAGCUGUACUCUUAAAUCAGCAUCGCCGAGGUUAUGGGAUCGCGGUAUGAAACUUGCUCAGCUGCUUGUAACAGGGAUGCGGCUUGG